AUGGUUUUAGAUUCCAUAUCAAUGACAACAGCUAAAAAUAUUUUAGAAAAAGUUUCUGAUGAUGAAUUGCGUAGUUUAAUGAAAUCAUUUUUAAAAUCACUUGAUCCUGUUCUAUUAAAAGCUGCACGACGUGGUUCAGCUAAUAUAACAUUUACUGAUGAACAACUUAUUCAUUCAUUAUCAUCAACACCUAAUGAUAUUGCUCAUAAUUCAGAUUUAUUACGUCGUCUACAUUAUAUUGUUGAUGAUGCAUUUGGUGAUAUGAUUGAUAAAGAAAUCGAACGUUCAAUGUCAUCAAAUAAAACAAUAAAAAAUCAAAAACAUCAAUUAAAUAAAAGUAAAUUAGAACAUGAAGGUGCAUCAGCUAUAAGUCAAACAAUAGCUGAAACACUUGAAUUUACAUCAUUUCGUACGGAUGUUUUAAGACGUCUUCAUACAACACUUAGUGAUUUAGUUGAAAAUUUUAAUGAAGAAUUUCCAUUAAGUUUAUCAUCAUCAACAGCUCUUGGUAUUGCAUCAGAUACAUUAAUAUCUGAUAAUCGAACAAUAAUUGGAACAUCAAUUGAAUUAAGUGAUAUUAAUGAAAAUCGUCAUUCAGCUACUGGUGGUGGUGGUUCAUCAUCAUAUAAUAUUAGUUAUGGAAGUGAUUCUGAAACAUCAUAUACAAAUGGAUCUAGUGGACGUCAUAAAAGUUUUAUGUUUUUCGAUGAUAAUCAUUUGCGUACAGUUGCAGAUAAUUUAUCAGCGACAAAACCAGAAAAAGUUCGUCUUCGUGCAUUAAAUGAUCUAUUAAAUUAUGCUCCGAAUGAAGUGAUUUCAAUAAAUAGUUGGAAAAUACUUUGUCCAAAUUUAAUUAUUGCAUUAGGUGAUACUAAUCUUGAAAUAGCUAUGGCAUGUCUUACAUUACAUUCACGUUUAUUAGCAGCAGCAAAUAUGAGUGUUGUUUGUGAAACUCUUACUAAUCUUGUUGAUCAUUUAGUACAAUGGUUUUCUUCAUCGAAUGUUAUUGAAUUACAACCUACAGCUAUUUCACUUGAUAUUCAAAAUUCAACUAUUGAAAUGAAAUUUAAACAAAUUCGUCUUAUACUUGAAUUUCUUCAAGAAACAACAAAAUAUUGGAUGAGAUAUUCAGAAAAUUAUGUUGAACAUAUAGUUAAUGAAACCGUACGUCUUUUUUCUUUGGGUUCCAUACCAUCGGAACCAAAUGGUGGUCGAAUACUUCCACUUCAUUUUGUAGCAUUACUUGAUCCAGAAGCUAAUUGGUUUCGUACAUGGAUGCAUGCAACUUAUAGUCGAGCAUAUAUAAUACGUUCAAUAUCAAAUAAGAAAGUUUUACUAAUAAAUGCAUAUCAAUCAAUUGUUAAUUAUGCUCAUACACAUUCUCAACAAAUGAAUAUGGGAAAUGAUGGCAAUGAUAAUUCAUUAUAUCCAUCAGGCAUUCGAAAAAGACCUAUUGGUACGGCUUCAUCUGAUGGUAGUAUUCGAUCAAUGAUAACAACAACAAGUGGACCACCAUCUGCACCAUCUUUUCUUUCAAAUUUUGUCUCACCGCCUGUAUCUGUUGCACCCCCAAUUCCUCCACCAGCUGUACCAGCAAGUUCAUCACAUUAUACACGUCUUGAACUUGCUAAUGUACAUUUUGUUCAUUCACUUUCAUUAUUUGAACAUGUUGUUUGUUCAAAACAAGCACGUCAAAUGGUUUUUCCAAUUAUAAUUAAUAAUGAUAAACAAAUUAAUAUUAAAGAUAUACUUCGAGUAUUUAUUCAAAUAAUGUUUGUUGCAAAUAGUGGAAAAGCAGCUUCAUCUUUAUGUUGUCAAUUAUUUAAAAGACUUUGUCUUGAAUCAGAUACAUGUGGUCAAUUAAUGUGUAGUGAUGAUUUAUUUGAAACAUUAUUUAAACCAAUAAAACAAUAUUUGGCAUCAAAAAAAUUGUUUAAUGAUUAUUUAAGAUCAAAUAAUAAUACUGUUCAUGAAUGUGGUCUUAUUGGUCUUGCUGAUUUACUUGCUGCUAUGGCAUCAAAUGAUAUUGGUUAUCAAUAUCUUAUUCGAGCUCCAACAACACCAAAUACAGGAUCACCAGCAUCAUUAAUUGUUAUUUAUGUUAAACGUAUAUUAUCACAAUAUACAAGUACUCGAUCAAGUUUAAUAACACCUGAUUUAUCAUUAACAACAUCAUAUUCAUUUAUGCCAACAGUUUUAUUAUCUGAAUUUAUUUAUGUAUGCCGAUUAAUUUAUUCUCGUACAUCAGGUUUACUUGUUAUUAAACGAGUACAAUUACAUAAAACACUUGCUGAAGCAUUUAAAAUUGAGAUGGAAAAAAAUAGUUCACCAUCAUUAAAUCGAAGUCCAUCAGCAGAAUCCGAAGAUCAAAUGAGUCGUAACAUUUUGCCAUGGAAAGAAACAUUACUUGAUAAUUUAUUAUUAUUUGGUGCAACACCAAAAGGGAUGUAUCUUUUAACACAAACUGGUUUUUUAUCAGAAUGUGUUAUUUACAUUGAUGAACGUUGGCGAUUAAAAGUUCAAGUAGGUAAAUUAGAACAAUAUGGUUAUGGAUAUUUACUAUCACAAAUGGCUAAUACACCAGCUGUUGUUGCACGUCUUGAUCAUUCAGGUUUUGUUGAAUAUUUAAUUGAAUUACUUUGGAUGGAAUUAGAAAAUGUACCUGAUGAUUUAACAAGUGUAUUUCCUCGACGUUUUCCAUCAGAUCCAAUUAGUCGAUAUGCUUUAAAACCAUUAUUAAGUCUUCUUUCACUUGUUUCUUCAUUUUCUGCUGCUUAUGAAUUAUUAUCAACAGAUAAUAAUGAACCAUUAACACCACGUAAUAUGGAAAAAAAUCCAAAACCAUGUACACUUCUCGCUUUACUUGAACGAAUUUCUUUUGUUAGUGAUGAUACUGGUAUUCGAAGUCUUCUUUGUUAUGAACAUACACAUACUGUUGGAUUAAGAUUAUUAUCAAUAAUGCAAUCAGAUUUAGAUGUUCAAUUAAUGCUUGAAAUAAAAUAUAAUUAUAUUGAAAAAUUAAGACAAACACAAGCCGAAAUGGGAUCAGGAGGAAAUAUUAUUAUAGAUCAAUUAAGUAUAGCACGUAAUCAUGUUCUUGUUAAUGCAGAAUUAGUAGGUGGAUCUCAAGAAAAAAAUAUGCCACCAUGGACAUUAAAUGAAAAUGAUUUAACAUUAUUAACAUCGAUGCCAUUAUUUGCUGGUUCUAUGCCAUUACCUGAUUUUUAUACUAUUAAAGCAACUUAUGGUGGAUUAAAUAAUACAAAAAUCGAAGAAACUGAAUUACAUCGUCUUGUAAGAAGUUCUCGACCAGAUCGACUUGAUGAUCGUUGGUUAAGUAAAUGUCGUCAUUUAUUUAUGGGUACACUUCGUCAAUCAACUCAAGAAUAUUUACCACUUUCUCUCAUGGCUGAUUUACUUGAUGCUGUUGUUGAUAUUCAUGAUAAACUUCAUAUUGAUGUUCUUUUUAAUUCAUCUCGAGAUUCUUCAUCAUCUUCAGUUACUGUACAAAAAGCUGAUCUGGUUAAAUUAUCAUCUGCAAGUACAUUAACUCCAAUACAAGAACUUGGUGUUAAUAAAGCAUUAAAUUAUGGUGUUCGUAUUGGACUUGUACAAGAUCAAUCGAUUGGUCAACAAAAUCUUAUUCGAUUACUUAAAGCACUUAAAACACAUUUGAAACAAAAAACAGCAAUACCAUCUUCAUCAUCAUCAUCAACAACAAAUAUAAGCACUAAAACAAUUGUAUCAACAUCAACAAAUCCUACAUUGGCUAAUUUAAUGGCUGCAGCUGCAUCAGACAAUAAUGGAAAUAAAUUAAGUAUGUUUGAAAAUGUGAAAAAGUUCAUUUUUCAUAAUAUGACUUGAAUAUGCGAAUCGAAAUAAAAUGCUUAAUUGAUUUUGUAGAUAGAAAGGUAACUAUAAGAUUUCCACUAGUGAACGGCUUUUAUUUAGACUUGCAAAGAUAGACAUCCAUCGUAUAAUGAUGUAAGCAGUAUUAAGUAUUAGUAUAGUUACCUUUGACAAGUCAACCGAUGGCGUCACCUUCAACGUCUUCUGUUAUGAUGUUGGAGAAAGUGAUGCUACCUAUCAACAUAUCAACAAUACGAAGUGAAAUCAGGAUUCUCGAUAGUUUUUAAAAGUGGCAAGAGUAUAUAAAAUUGAAAGACAGUCGGAGAUAGUUCGUCUAGCAAACAGGGUAUGAGAAAAGUUGCCUUUUCAAAUUUCACAGAGAUGAUGCAAAGCUUGGCUGGGGUGAAAGUAGGCUAGUCCAUUCUAGUUCUUGCAGCAUCCAGACCUAUGAAUAGAACUCAAUAAUGCAUACACUAAUUACAUAGAAAAAGUCUUUCUGAAAAAACCUAUAAAGUAUUUUGAACAGAUUGAAAGUCAACAAAACAAAAUAAAAACUGUUUUCGAGGGCUUGGAAGUAUGAUCUUUUUCGUCACCUAUUUUCAAACUUUGUUGACUGAAUUUAAGUAGAAACCUAUGAGACAGACGCUUAUUGAUGAAAUUCAUGCUAGAAUCAUUUCUUACUAACACAAAAUAAACUCGAGCUCAAAAAAAUGCUUUGGUUGAUUUGUUUAUUCGAUAUCCUCAAGAAUCACUGAUUGAAAUGGCUAGUCUUUCUAAUGUCACAAAACGAGGAUAAUAUCAAUGCAAGUCUCUAAGACCAAUAUUAUAUGUGUUCAUUUGAAACCUAAGCGAAAUUGUUUUUCAGCAUAGAAAUUUGGUUUGUUUCUAGAGUACUCUUCGUUUCAUUUUUUUAAAAAUUUUUUACUAUAGAAAUACGUCAAGUCAAGCUUUUUUGUACAGAAUUUAACCACUUUUUCUUAGAAAAAGACAAUCAGAUAUAAGAAUUGAAAAGAAACAAGUUUUACAUGAAAGCAAUGAAGAGUUCAUUAUUAAUGAACAACUCGAUAAAUAGAAUAACAAAGCAUGAUAUUUCAAAUAUUUGAUAUUUCUUUAUACAUAUAU